AUGGAGUGUUAUGAUUCACAGAAGAUAAGUGGAUUUGUGUACGAGAACAUCUCAGAUGACGACGAAAUGGAAACGAAACCUUUCCAGGUGUUAAAUAGUACAACAAAUGACUCAUUGACAAUGAAAACUGGAACAGAGGCUGUUACUCCAAUGAAUUUACCACAAUUCAACACCAGUGUGGCACCAUCUGCAAAUAUCUACAAUAUAGCACACAUCCCUGUUCAGAUAUCCAAGAAAGAGACUGAUUGUGAACAGAGCAGUAAAGAUUCUGAGAAAACAGUAGAUGUUUGUUGGAGUAUACUCCCAACCCUGUCAGAUGUUGAUAGUGCCAAUGAAUGUAACCUAGCACUACAAAAUGUCUGUUUGCCAGAACCACAAAGUAGCAGCCUUUCAGACGGCACAACUGAAGAAGUGUCUCCCAUGAUUAAAGCUUACGGAGAAAGUCCAGCUCGUAAGAAACGCCGCAAAAAGAACAAAACACAUGCAAGGGUGACACCUAAAAAAUCAAAAAAGAAGAGACAGUCAGAAUCCUUUGUGUUUGAAAUUGCAAACGAUACAGAGGAAGCCGAUUAUGUAUUUGUUGGAGGAGACGGAACAGAAACAGGAGAAUCUAGGGUUAAUGCUACAGAGAAUAUACUUGAAAGCAACUGUAACGUGUUUGAUGAACAGAGCGUGAAGUUAGCUAAUCUUGGAAAAUCGGCAGAGAGUAAUAAGCUUCAAUCAACUCUUCCUUUUGAAAUCGCUCCACAACGAAAAAGAGGUAGGCCGCUGAAAACAGCAACCAAGACAGCAACAGCUUCAACAAGUUCUAUAUCAGCAGAUAACGAAGAUUCCUACACCAGUGUGUCAGAGCAAGACCAGCAAAGAAUAAUUGGAUUUCGUGUUGCUGAUAUCAAUACCCAAUCACCGACAGAAUGUGAAAGUACAGGACAUUUAAGCAUGCCUCCAAAGAAUUACAAGAGUAAUUCUAAACCAGCUUUGAAACAAAUCAAAGUUGAGCAAGACACUUCCUUUUCUCGUGACAAUAACCAAGAACUUACAUCAAGUUCACUAGCAAAAAGUAAAGGUAUACAUGGUCGGCAGAAAAAAUUGAGGAGGAAAAAACAUAGAAUAGGCAGGCCCCCUGUGAUUGGAAAUUUCAAAUGUGAUCGUUGUGACUUGGUGUUCCAGGAACGUCCUAAGCUGAUAAAACAUAGGAAAACACAUGUCAUGCCAUUUAUAUACUGUUCAUACUGUGACUUCAAAGCUAGAAGUAGAGGAUCAUUUUUGGAACAUGAAUCAAAACACACCAAAGCUAAACCAUUUAAGUGUGAACUGUGCCCUUACGCUUCCAGAUCUCGAAUUGACCUGCAGCGUCAUCAGGCUAAACAUUCAAAAGUCAAAAAUUACAAAUGCCCUUAUUGCGACUUCACUACAAAAUGGAGGAGAAAUGUUUCAAGUCAUCUUUUGAGCCAUGUGGAUGACCGUCCAUUCCAUUGUGAAAUUUGUGGACAUUCUUUUAAGAGAUCGUGUGACCUGAAAUAUCACAUCUAUCGUCAUACUUCAUUAAAACCACUUUCAUGUGAAGAGUGUGAUUUUCGAUGUAAAACAAAUUAUGAACUGAAUCUCCACAAGUUUAAGCACAGUGAUGUUAGAUCAUUUCCAUGUACACAUCCUGGUUGUCAACAAGCCUGUAAAACUAAAUCAGAUUUAUCAAAACACAUGCAUGUUCACUCAGAAGAAAGGAAGUUCCCGUGUCCUUUAUGUGGAAAAUGUUUCAAAUCGCCAUCAGCAAGGAACAAGCACACCCAAAGGCACACUACCGAAAGACCAUUUAAGUGUGACAUUUGUGAAAAGACUUUCAAGGUCAAGUCGUCUCUUGGAAAGCAUAUGCAGCUACAUAAUGGUAUAAGACCAUUCUCCUGUGAAGUUUGUGGUCGGACCUUUGCUAGCAAGUCAAAUAAGCAAGCGCAUAUGGUAACUCAUGACCUCACAAACCGUCCCUAUCGCUGUCCUCUUUGUCCAUAUGGAGGUAGAUCUCAACAAAACCUCUUGGCUCAUGUGGGUACAAUGCAUGGGAACUAUGCUUUCUUUUGUGAAUUAUGCAAGAAGCCAUAUAAAAGGCACAGUCAGUUACAGCUGCAUUACAAACGAAUGCAUACCAAGAAGGAGAUCGAAAAAUUAAAGAGCUUGGAUAAAUUAGACAUGACAUUGAUCAAAGGGGAGAUAGAUGAAGAUGAAGACACAUCCGAGAAUCAAACGGGUUUAAAUCAUCUCAUGAAACAAAUUAAACAAGAAGGCAACAGUGAUGAAGACACAAACGCAUCUCAGUCAUACACUGAAAGUUCGGAAAUGAAAAGUGAGUCGCCCUUGGCUGCCCGUGAACAACAGCAUAACCCUGAGAGGAAGAGAAGGGGAAGACCAAGGAAAAAGGCGAAGACUAAUUUGACCUCAAGUAAAAAAUCAGGGAAAAAACAGAACAUAGAUAAUGGGAUUGCAGUAGAGACCACAGAUAAGGAACCUCAAAAGAAGAAAAGGGGACGGCCGAAAAAGAAUCAUCACGGUGAGAAGCAAGGAACAGAUUUAAGGGAUCCAAAAUGUGUUAGGCACUGCACAUUAAAUAAUCACAGUGGACAGCGAGGUAAAGACAGUUAUGGCGAGCACUCAGAAGACAUUAGAGGUCAUAUUGGGAAUGUAACAGAAAAUAGUGAAGAUAAACAGCCAAGUAACGAUAUUCAAAUUGAGGACUCGACAGAAACGACACAAAAUGGACCGUCAAAUGGCUAUCAAAGUGGACGGUUAGCUGAGGACAUUGAAAGAGGACAAUCCGUGGACGUUUUUCAAGUUGAACAGUCCACAGGUAAGUGGCGCAGUGAACAGUCAACUGAAGACGUCCAAAGUGAGCGUACAACAGAAAAAAAUCAAAAUAACAAGCAGUCUCAAAAAAGGGGAAGGGGAAGACCGAAAAAGAAUCGUCGGAGUGAGAAGCAAGUUACAGUUGAAAGUGACUCGACUGAUAAUGGACAGAAAGGUAGUGAUAGCAGACAGAACUUUAAAACUGAACACUUAACAGACUUAAGUCAAUGUGGACGUUCACUAGACAGCGGAACAAGUAUAAUAAAUGGUCGUAGUGGACAUCGUGAUAAGGACAGUCAAAGUGAGCAAUCGGUUGGCAGCGACAGUCAAAUGGGGAACACAACAGAAAAAGGUGGACAGUCCAGUGACAAGAGUCAAACUGAUCACUCUACAAAAAUGAAUGACGAUGGACAGUCAGCUGGUUAUAGACAAAUGGAGAUCUCUGCAGAAAAGGGUAACAGUAGACAAUCAGCUGAUGAACACUCAACAGAAAACAGUCAAAGUGAAAGGUUAGCUGAUGACAGUGAACAUCUACAGUCUGUUGACAUUUGUCAAAGUCAGCUUUUAACAGAAAAUAUUCAAAGUGAACUUUCAGGUGACAGUGAUCAAAGAGGGCACACAAUAGACAUUUACCAAAGUGGGCCUUCCUUAAACAAAGGUCAAAGUGAGCAAAGUCGUAGUAGGGUCGAUAAAGACACUGGCAUCAGUAGGCACUUGGAAGACAAAGGUAUUGAUACGCAAAAAACAGACAAUGGUCAAAGACGGCACUCCGUAGAUAAUUGUAACGGUGUACAUUCUACUGGCAACUUUCCAAGUGGUCAGUCAGUGGUUAUUUUAGAAGACAACAGCUCAAGUGGAAACAUAAAAGAAAACAGGAGUCAUAGACAUCUGGAAGAUACCAAAGAUGACACAACAGAAAUGCACGAGGGUAUUAACGAGAUGGAGUACUGUGUACAGGAUAAAGCACUUGGCGAUACUAUCAAUGCCCAACUAUCUUCUGUCGCAAGCAAUGCGGUUAAGGAGCCAAGUGUUGAAGAAAAUGACCCGAUGCCAUCUGGAAAUGCUGAGAACGAAAUAAGGUCUGAUGAUCAAGCUGAUUGUGAAGAUUCUGGAGUUGAUAGACAAAGAAAUUGCUUCGAGGAAAAAGAUCCUAAGGAGGACACUAUUAAGAUAUCAAAAGACGAGGAGAAUGUAACUGUAACCAGCUGCGUCUUUUUGAUGAGUGAAGACACGCAGUUACAAUCUAUAAAAGAGGAAUAUCGACAAGAACAGCAGAAAAGUGGAGAUGAAGAAGAUAAUCUUGUUAGCAAUCCUGAUCAUAGUUGUCAUGACAACAAAGAUCAACAGAAAAACGACAUUCAAAUUGAUUGUGAUACUCUUGGUAUGGAAGCAAAUCAACCAUUACAAUCUGAAGAGAAUGAAGAUGAAAUAAUGCAAUCUGCUUCACCUCAAAUUGGCGCAGAUCAAGUAAGUUUAGGGCAAACAGGUGGGAACACUAGAAUAGACCACAGUGAUGCUAGUAAAAACACACAAAAUCCUGAAAAUCAAGACCCUGAAAGUGGUGAAUUACCAGCAAAGCAAAACCUGUCCUUUGUUCGUGAUGCCACCUCCCAUUCUACAUGGACCAGAUUUGAUGAUAACUUCAGGCUACCUCUUGCCACAAAGGGUUUCCGCUUUAACUUCCAGAAAAGCGGGAAAAAACCAAAAUGUUGGUUUAUGGAUCUAGAUGCUAUGCAUGACGAGGCCAAGAGACGUCAGCUUCAGUACUUGCGCAGGAAAUCAAGCAUGAUGUCAGCUGUUCAAAGGCAGAGAAAAAUGAGACAAGCAUCAUUAUCGACACAUAUGAGGAGAAAAAAGAAACUUUUAUCCACCGAUCGAAUGAAGGGCAACAAUAAAUCUCCAAGAAAACACACAGAAGGGACAACUCUGGCAAAAAAGAAUUUUCAUGGAGAGUCGAGAGAGACCACAGAGCCUCGGAAUUGUGGUAAAUUUUCCGAAGUGGGUCCUGCUCGCAGGCAGUAUACAAGCAAACUGGAUGGCGAAAAGGUCUCCAAAGAGGAUUUGUUCAAACUGAACAAAAGUGAAGGCACCAUGCUGAAACCCAAACUAGCUAUCGUGUCAGAUGAGGUUUCUGAGUCAUGUAUGCAAAAAGUGAAAGGCAUCUCUAUGACAUCCAGACGACUACCUUUCAAAAAGAAAUACAUUAAGUUAGAAGUCGGUUUGGAUGGACAUUGUAUCAACCCAAAGGAGAAUUACCCCAUUGAAAAAGCAACAGACAAAAACGUAUCAGUCAGAAAGGAAACGGGUCAUAAGGGAGUUACACAGAAAGGCGGAGUCAACACGGAAAAUGAGUCACGAGAUGAUAAAGCACUGGGUGACAGAGCAGGGAAACAGAAAGAAACGAUCAAUGAAGCAUUUAACAGAAAAGAUCGGGUUACAGGGACAAAAAAGAAUAAACAUGACCAUGGGGUAAAGCAUGAAAAGAGGACUAUAAAAAAGAAAGCAAUUUUAAGGAAGACGACAAUGAGAAAGCCUGGAAUUAAAAGGACAAACACAAAAGAAUGUGAAGUUCCUGUUGUGAAGCGUGGACCUGGACGGCCUCUCAGAAGAAAAAAAUCUGAAAUAAAUGCAGAUUCCCUAAAGAAAAAACCAAACAUAACUGAUGUUAAAAUGCAAACAGAAGGAUCUGUUCUAUUGAAACUUCAGGAGAAAAUAAAACAGAGACAAGUGAGAAACAAAGCAAAAACUCGUUGCAGUGACAAAAACAAGAAGACACAGCAGUGCCCAGUUUGUAUGAGAGAUUUACUUUUUGGUAAGGAUAAUGUGGACAGAAGUUUAGAAAAUGUUACCUGUCCUUUCUGUGAACUAGACCUUCAAUUCUCUUCAGAGUUUGAAAAAAACAGGGCCAAAAACAGAUAUGAAAAGAUUGACUUAGGAAGUGAUAGUGACGAAAGUGAGGAUGGCAAGCUCUUUUCAAAGAAUGUGUAUGUGGUAAUGCCACCAGCCGACAAGGAAGUCAUACAAACUGUUGUAAAACGCAGUAAUGUUUAUAUCAAACCAAAGGUUGGACAUGUUAAAACAUAUGUUGUGUCAAAGGAAAUUAAUAAGGCGGUAUCCUAUGAAUUGACUAAUACGAGACAAAAUGUUGGAGAAGGUUUCUCAGAUGAAAUUACAAAGUCUUUACAAGUUACAGAAGAUGUGGGAAGAAUAAGUUCUGUAAGGAACAACGAAGGUGAUGCUAUAAAAAUUGUACCUUGUAGUGCACCCUAUGAAUCACAAGUAUCAACAGAUAUAAAACCAAACCUAGAAUCAUUAGAUAUCCAAGUCCAUGUCAGCAGUCAAGGAAACCAUGUGACAAUACCUCAGCUAGAAACAGUCACAACAAACACCUCUAAUUUUGAUAUUACGAGGGGGUAUCCACAUGUGAAGAAGGAGAUUGAUAGACAAUGUCAAAACGAGGUUGGAGGAGGUGAAGAUAAUGUUGUAUUUCACCAUUAUCCGCUUCACAUCCGCACAAAUGAAACAUCAGAAUGUCUUGAACAGAACAUUAUCGAUGAUGAUGAGAAUGCCAAAUUAAGAUACUCGUACUUGUGUACAGGUUCGCUACAAGAGGUCAAUAGUAACUCUAAUGAUAAUAAUGUUGGUACAUCGGACAGCAUUACAAAUCCAGUGACAAUCAAAGCUGGCACUUCUAAGGAGGUCUGUGUAGAGUGGGAUAAUGAAAAUCAAAAGGUGUAUGUGUAUAGUGAUGAUGUUGCAGUCAUGAGAUCCACUACAGGGCAGGAAAACCAAGGACAGAAUGAUGGAAUGUGGAGUGAUCCCUGUGUGAAAACUGUAAUGGAAGAUCUCGGGAAUGACACUAUGCUGAUAAACGGACAGGCAGAGAACAUUGCAGUUGCAAAUUACCUCGGUUGCGAAGUUAAAAAGGAAAAAGAGGACAUAAACAGUGAAAUUCCCGAUUUAGUAGAAGACCCUGUAAUCCAUUCAUCUAAAGAUGGAUUGCUAUCAGUGGUCCAAGAGGCAGAAAUGGAUACUGCUACAGUUGUCGUCUUGACUGAUGUCAAACCUCUCCCUGUUUAUCAUUUGUCUGAGUCUGGCGUUCAGCAAAAUGAAAAAAUUGUGCAGGAUCUGGGUCCAGAACCAAACUUGGUGCAAGACAACACAAACAUUGCUGGAGAGGAUGCUACAACAUCAGGUCUUCCUAUCAUUCUAGAUGUACGAUCAAUUAAACACGAACCUAUUGACUUUUGAUAGGGUGAUGAAGCCAAAUCAUGACAAACAUUUCAUACUUGUUAAGUUUCAAUGUUGUGAAGGUAUUGCUGUUGUAUGUGAAUAUUUAUGUGUAUGGUUUUGUAUGAUUUCUGAGAGAAACUAUUUCAUAUACAUUUAUACCACCUAUGAAAUGAAAAUGUACCAAAUGUUUUAAGAAUCCUACAAAAUGUAGAUGAAUUGAAUUUUGUAAGGCUGUUAUCAAGAUCAUUGUAUCUUGGUAUCUGAUUAUCUAUUUGUUAAGUUUUACCAUACUGUUACAAAUGUUGACAUAAUUUCAUACAGUUAUUUUAAAUUCUGAAAUCUACAUGUGGAGACAGUUUCACUAUUGGUUUUUAAACCUAAAGUCUGUAUUCUAAGUAUCAUGAAUGAAUCUUUUUUUAUAAAGAUAAUUGUUAAAGACAAUAGUAUGGUAUAUUGUUAAAUCUGUACUGAUUUUUAUUGCCUAUACAAGAAAACUUAAUAUCUAAACUAAACAACAUAAUAGGAUCUUAUGAUAGAGACUUCUUGUGACAACAAGUCUGUAAAAAGUUAACAAGCUUGAAGUCUUAGCAGCCAUAUAUAAAAACCAGAAGUUCAUGUCAAGACCAUGCCAGAUCCAGACUUGGCUCAACUCUACACAGCUGUUGUUUGGACAAAGGAACAUAAAGGAACAUACCUCAGCAAUAAACAGGCAAUACAGAUAUACUGAUUAAGUUAUUAUCUUAGUCAUGAAUACAGAUAUACUGAGUAAGUCAUUAUCUUAGUCAUGAGUACAGAUA